CACUCACUCACCACUCUCUCUUUACAACUGUCCUUACAUUGGAUGAUCGGUCACUAGAAACCCUACGCUGUAUCUCCAGACCGCCAUUGGAGGUCUCGGAGCUCGCAAAUGCAUUUUGAAUUGGUCACAGGUCUUCUGGUUUGACCAAUACAGUAAAGUUUUCAAGGGUGGAUUGCUCUUCCACUAGGCACAUCAUGAACAAAGAAAAUAUUAUUUCUGCUAAAAUUGAAGAGCCAACUGUUCGGAUCACGAGAGCACGAGCGAAAGCUGCUACCAAAUCAGGGGGGUUACUCCCCCCUAAACCUCCCAUUAAACUGGACCAAAUGCAGGUGGUUCGAACGAAUUCUAAAAGGGCAGCGUCUGAUGAGAACAAGCCCUCUGCCACUGCCAAUGCUGGCCUUCAGCAUAAGAGAAGGGCAGCGCUAAAGGAUGUCACCAAUGUCGUCAGUGAAAAUUCAUACAUGAAUUGCAUUAGUACAACUAAAGUUGAGAUUAGCAAGCGAGCUAAAAGAGGUCCUUCAAAUAAGAGUUCAAAGGUGGCUCUGACUGUUUUGGUAGAAACUCCGCAGGUUCAAGAGGAUGCCAAAACAAAGGUAACUGGAGAAACAUCCAACAUAAGGACAGUGGAAACACAAGAUAGUACUUUACUGGUUAACUUGGAAGAGGAUGAAUUCAUUCAACAUACAUUUAGUAGCUUAAGAACAAGUGAUGUAGCUGAUCCGACUCAAUUAGAAGAGACAUCCAUAAAACCUGCUCAACACCAAAUUCUUUCUGAGGAAGAAGAAGAUAAUCUUUUCAAGGCACAGGGAUCCCCAAAUGGUCCAUGCAUUGCAGAUAUUGAUUCAGACCACAAGGAUCCUCAAAUGUGCAGCUUGUAUGCCUCUGACAUCUAUGAUAAUUUUCUUUGUAGAGAGCUUGACCGAAGACCUUCUGCUAAUUUUAUGGACUCAGUCCAACGAGACAUCACUCCAAACAUGCGAGGAAUUCUGGUUGAUUGGCUUGUAGAGGUUUCAGAAGAAUAUAAGCUGGUUCCAGAUACACUUUACCUCACAGUUAAUCUUAUCGAUCGAUUUCUAUCCAAAAAUUACAUUGAAAAGCAAAGACUCCAACUGCUUGGUGUUACUUGCAUGCUAAUUGCCUCAAAGUAUGAAGAAAUAUGUGCACCACAUGUGGAAGAGUUCUGCUUCAUCACCGAUAACACCUACACAAGAGAAGAGGUAUUGAAAAUGGAGAGUCAAGUUUUGAAUUUUCUGGGCUUUCAACUAUCUGUUCCCACCACAAAAAAGUUUCUCAGGAGGUUCAUUCAGGCAGCACAGACCUCUUACAAGGUUCCUUGUGUUGAACUGGAGUUCUUGGCGAAUUAUAUAGCAGAGCUAACUCUUGUUGACUACAGCUUCCUAAAGUACCUACACUCCCUGAUUGCUGCAUCUGCCGUAUUUCUUGCCAGAUGGACACUCAAUCAGUCAGACCACCCUUGGAAUGCAACUCUAGAGCACUACACCACUUACAAGGCAUCAGACCUGAAGAAUGUAGUUCUCGCAAUGCAAGAUUUGCAACUCAACACUAAUGGUUCCUCUCUGAAUGCCAUACGUGACAAGUAUAAGCUAAAAAAGUUCAAGAGCGUGGCCACUCUCUCCUCCGAAAAAGCAGUGCAGGAACUCUUCCAAGAUUAACAUCUGAUUCUUCCUUGGUCAAGAUACAAUCAUAACAUACUAAGAACUUGGAAUUGCUCAUUGCCAUGCUCAUCCAUCCGGUACUUAGAGGGUGCUCCUGAUCUCUAAUAAAAACUUUCUUCUGAGUUUCCAUUUACUCUCUUCUCCACAAAAUCUGUUUUACCUGUGUUGUAGCAUGUUGCCAGGUCGAUGUAACGUUGAACUAUUAUUAAACACAAUUGAGGUAGUAAACUCUCAAUUGCCUUGUGACACUUCUAAUUUUUCAAGCCUUUUUUUGGCUUGUGUAGUUGUAUGAUGUCAGAGCCAUUCAACAGCAACUCGCUGGGUUGCCGGUUUGAAGAGGGGGUUGUAUUUAAAUGUAUCGAAUAUUUUUAUGAAUUUCUUAUAAUAAUUUACCCUUCACAAUA